AUGCCGUCAGCUUCAACUUCAACUCAAGGCUCGAGCUCUCGCAAGACCCACAACAGAGACACAUACAUUCAGCCCGGAGACCUUAUCAUUGUCUUUGCUUCUCGCGAUAAGACACCUCUACCUCUCACAGUCACUCCCGGAGAGCACGUCUCCAACAUGUUUGGUCACUUUCCUCACGACGACAUGGUCGGUAUGCCAUACGGCAGCAAGAUGGUUUCCAAGAAUGGACGAGGUUACGUCUACCUUCUUCGACCAACACCUGAGCUCUGGACAUUGGCGCUGCCCCACCGAACGCAGAUCUUAUAUGCGCCGGAUAUGUCGUUCAUCUCGAUGAAGUUGAGCAUGGGACCAGGGAGCCGUGUUAUUGAGGCAGGAACUGGAUCAGGCAGUUUCAGUCACGUUAUUGCUCGCACGGUUGGACGAGCUGAUGUCAAGGAGGAUCGAGAGAAGAGCGGGUUGCAAGUGCCAAGAAAUUGGGGAGGCCUGCCGAACCACCUUCAGCAGAACCUGUCCAGAGGCAGAGGCCAACCACGCGAUUUGGAGGAUGGCAACGAUUCCACAAAGUCCAAUGAUGAUGCCACCAAGAGCAACACACCAGAGGCCGAGGCGAGCUCAUCCACGAAACCCGACACAGACCCUCACGUACCCUCCGAGCAUGGUCGACUGUGGAGUUUCGAGUUCCACGAACCCCGUGCUGAAAAGGCACGAGCCGAGUUUGCCGCUCACGGCAUGGACAAGGUCAUUGUUCUCAACCACCGCAACGUAUGCAAGGAAGGUUUCGGCCUUAACGAUGCAGCCGACUCUGUGUUCCUCGAUCUGCCUGCACCAUGGGAAGCCGUCGACCAUGCUACCAAAGCACUGCGAAGGGACAGAGUCACGCGAAUCUGCUGCUUCUCACCAUGCAUCGAGCAGGUGCUCAAGACUGUCACCGCGCUCACUGAACAUGGCUUUACGGAUGUCGAGACAUUCGAAUCGCUGGUGCGCACCCACGAAAGUCACUCGGCUGCAGGAUCGGAAGCUAGCAUUGACGAAGCCAUCGACCGCAUUCGGAUGGUAGAGAAGAGGAAGGAGACAAGGAGGUUGAUUCAGAUCGAGAAGGCGAAAAGCGCAAAAGCGCAAGCAGCAGGUGCGGCUGGAAAGACUGCGGAGGCAGCCAUUGCAAAUGGCAAUGAUGAGGGUGAUACAAGCAUGGCUUCCAACUCUCACAACGCUGCUGGCAACGCACGGAAACGUAAGCUUGAUAAUGAUGAAGAUGAGCAAGAAGGGAAUCAGGGCAAUGAUCCUUCGCAAGCCAAGGAAGUGGCAAACGGCACGUACCAACGUGGUGUACAAGAAGGUAUCGCUGUCACCAAGAAGAAGGCUCGAAUGCUGAAGCAACAGACACAACAAAGCCAACCUAUGCAGGCAGCUAGCGUCUACUCAAGGCCCUACUACGAGAUGAGAGGUCACACCAGCUACCUUACUUUUGCGACACUGCUGCCACGUGAUAUGAUCGGCGGGCUUUAA